AUAUCUUACCCCACUCCCUUUCCGUGUUUGAGUUCUUGUCUUUUUCUUGUCUCCCUGACUUACUGUAUACGCCCCUUCAACCUGUGUAAUUAUGGUCGCCACUCCAGAUUCCGCAGACUUGAAGUCCUCAGUAAUCAUAGACUCUCCAGGCACUGCAUCAGCUUCAAUUCGGGACUUGGAGAAGUCUUCAGGUAUUACGGAAUCUACGAGCGGCCCCCCAUCAAUCCAGGCUGCCAGCGACAAUGUAGACACAGCAGCUUCAUUGCACGCUCGAUCGAGAGUUGAUCUCUCCGUCCUCCCACUUCUAUUUCUUGGUUUAUUCGUCUUCCAGCUUGACCGUAUGAAUCUCGCCAGCGCUCUCACAGCCGGCCUCAAAGCCGACAUUAAAAUCACCCAAGCCGACGUCAAUCUCGGGAACCAGAUGAUGUUUCUUGGUAUUGUAGUCCUUGAAAUUCCCUCGAACAUGCUGCUCCAACGGAUCGGGCCUCGAAUAUACAUCAGUAUCCAAGUUGUUAUCUUUGGUUUGAUAGCGACUCUACAGAUAUUUGUACGCGACAGAACUGGGUUUCUUAUCAUAAGGAGCUUCCUGGGGUUGGCCGAAGCUGGAUACAUACCAGGUGCCAUAUACACCCUCUCUACCUGGUACCGACAUAAAGAAUUGGCCACGCGAGUAGCAAUAUUUUUCUUCGGCAUGUUCGGAGGGAAUGCAUUGAGCCCCCUACUCGCGUCUGGUAUUUUGAAGCUCGGAGGUACACAUGGACGGCCGGGUUGGCAGUGGAUUUUUCUCCUUGAGGGUAUCUUCACUAUUACCGUUGGCCUCCUCAUGGGAUUACUUCUCCCUGGUUCACCCGAACGUCCCCGUCCUCUCUUUUUCGAGGGCCUUGUGCGCAUCUCAGAGUCCGAUGGCGCGCUCCUUCAAGAACGAAUCGCAGCCGAUCUUCCAAACAAGUCUUACGAGCCCCAGCAUAUACGUAUCACACCAGCUAAAGUCUGGAAAACAUUAUCACACUGGCGCCGCUGGCCGCAUCUUGUGUCUACGAGUCUUGUAUUCUCGACAUGGAGCUCGCUAACAACUUACACUCCAACAAUUAUCAUGUCACUGGGUUUUGACCGCACCAGCGCCAACGCACUUGCUUGCAUUGGGCCCGUCAUCGCCCUUGGAAUUGUUUUUCUCUUCGCGCGUCUAAGUGAUUACACGAACCGACGCGGUCUCAUGGUCAUGAUCGCCAUAAGCUGCUAUAUUACCACUUUAGUAGUAGCUCGUGCGACACAGCCACACGUGGGAAAAUGGAGUCGUUGGGGACUAUGGACAGCUGUGAACGCGUUUGCAGUCGGGUAUCACCCAGUGCAGAAUACGUGGUUGCAGCUGAACUGCCACGAUCCAGCGGAGAGGAGUAUCAGUAUUGCGCUCUGGGUGAUGUCUGCCAUCUCAGGCUUGAUGUAUGGAACACAGUACUUUCAGGAAAAGGACCUGCCCCUAUACUCGCGUGGAUUGGAGAUUAUGAUUGGUGUCUCAGUAGCUGGACUUGUGCUAGCUGGUGUUCAGGUAUAA